CUGGAUACACAAAAAGAAAGUUGGCACUUCUGACUUUGGACGCUUGAAGUGUGAUCGUGAAUUUUGAUUGUAUAGCGUAUUUUGUAUCUUUAAAAGUGAUUAUGACAGUACAAUUAAAUUUUAAGUGCUAACCUAUUUGUGACAAACCUCAUUGUAACUAGUUAGAAUACUGGAUCUUCAGCAUAACAUCCUCAUGACAUUUAUGAACUGCUGCCACAAACUUUUAGCAUCAUAAAAGUGAACAUUUCCUUAACCUCACUUGCUUGCAAGGGGUUUCCUGCCUGUUGUGGUAGGAGAGAACAAAGCUGACACAUUUCAACGAAGUUCUACAGUGGUGUGAAUGGUGAACGUGAUCUGCAACCGCAUUUAGGGCGCCUUAUGUGGAACGCAAUGGACGAGCGAAGACGGACUCACUACAUGCAGUACUCGUAGAGACUACUAGGUACCGCAGUUGAGAGCAACGGAACGAUCUGUCCCGCGACCCUCAAGCACCUGCACUAGCGCACGAGCCGGAACCUCCGCCUCCACAUCCAGCUGCGGUGUCCGCCUCCAGGCUCCAGCUUCCGACUCCAGCACGCCCCCACGACGUCCCCUCUCGACAACGGAUGCCGUCCUCUGGAAGGGGUUGUUGGUAGCAAACAGCAUGAGACACUAGCUGACCUGGGCAGCGGUUAUCGUUACCCGUAGCCGCUAGGGGACACGUCGACAAGAUGUUCGCGGAAGCCACGACGAUGCAGCAGCCGCCGCAGCAGUUCUGCUUGCGCUGGAAUAAUUACCAGAGCAACUUGACCAACGUCUUCGACCAGUUGCUGCAAAGCGAGUCGUUCGUCGACGUGACGCUGGCCUGCGAAGGACACAGCGUCAAGGCGCACAAGAUGGUGUUGUCGGCUUGCAGCCCGUACUUCCAGGCGCUCUUCUUCGACAACCCCUGUCAGCACCCCAUCGUCAUCCUGAAGGACAUCAAGUGGCCCGAACUGAAAGCCGCCGUCGAAUUUAUGUACAAGGGCGAGAUCAACGUGUCGCAAGAGCAGAUAGGACCACUGCUCAAAGUGGCAGAGUCGCUCAAGAUCCGCGGCCUGGCGGACGUGGGCAGCGGCGGAGGCGGUGGCGGCGGAGGUGGCGGCGGGGGCGGAGGCAGUUCUGGAAGCUGCGAACCGGAGGCGAACGGCGCGUCGACGCCACCGCAUCACCACCACCACCAUCACGGUGGCGGCGGAGGCGGCGACGCGCCGGGCGGCGCCGGUUCGGUAUCUCCGUCCUCGACGCCGCAGCCGCCGGCGACGCCGACGUCGCUGGCGCACGCGGCCGCCUGCAAGAAGCCGUGGGACCUGUCCGCCGAAGGCUGCCUGGCGUCCUCGCCGGGGCAGCGCGGCGCGCACCCGCACCCGACGCAGGCCAAGAAGCGGCGGCGGACGUCGGCCGGCGAGCGCAGCUCCGUGUCCAGCCCCGAGGACAGCCCGUCGACGCCGGCGGUGGUGGCGGCCGCCGAGCUCCUAGACGACGUGCCACUCCCCCCGCAGGCGCAGCCGCAGCCGCAGGCGCCGGCCCAGCAGCCUCUGGCGCCGCAGCAGCCGCCCCCGCAGCCGCCGCAGCAGCAGCAGCCGCCGCCCCCCGGCCCCACGCUGGGGCCUGAGCCGGGGCUGCCGCUGCCGCCCCCGCCGCCACCGCCGCAGGCGCAGACCGCUCCGCACCCCGAGGACCUCGAGAUCAAGCCCGGCAUCGCUGAGAUGAUACGCGAGGAGGAGCGGGUAAGUGCGGAUGAUGAUACCGAGGACUCGAAGUACGGAGCGCCGGAGGACUUCGCGAAGCUGCUGGAGUCUUCUCACGCCUGGCUCGGCGCCUCCACGUCGUCCAUUGCCGGAUGGUCACGGUCCGGUGGACAGUACUCAGCAGACAGCUACCAGUACCAGCUGCAGUCGAUGUGGCAGAAGUGCUGGAACACGAACCAGAGCCUGGUGCACAACCUGCGCUUCCGCGAGCGCGGGCCGCUAAAGUCGUGGCGACCCGAGACCAUGGCCGAGGCCAUCUUCUCCGUGCUGCGCGAGGGCCUGUCGCUGUCGCAGGCGGCGCGCAAGUAUGACAUCCCCUACCCGACGUUCGUGCUCUACGCCAACCGCGUGCACAACAUGCUCGGACCUUCCACCGACGGCGGAGCAGAUUUGCGCCCUAAAGGAAGGGGCCGCCCGCAGCGCAUACUGCUUGGAUCCUGGCCAGAGGAACAUAUUCAUGGCGUCAUACGGGCUGUUGUCUUCCGUGACACGCAGCACAUCAAAGAUGACUCGCACCUUGCGUACCCUCGCCUGGCAUCUCACACACAGGCAAGAAGGAGCCCUCUGCCAACAAAUCUUGUGUCACGCUAUGUUUCGUCACCCCUUGCUGUUGGUGGCUUCUCCCAGCACAUAAAAGAGGACCCAGAUUUAACCUAUUCACACUUAGCACAGCAAAUGCAGGAGACCCUACAAGGCUAUGGUACCGGUACAGAAAGUGGUCCAUCUUGCACAAAUGGGCCAGAAACAACUAUGUCACCCGGUGUAGCAGCGGCCGCAGCUGUGGCCGUGAUGGCGCAAGGCCUGCGGCAACAGAUGUGCUCUGUCGGAGCGACAGAUGCCACUGUCGCCGGCCUGGCAGGGAGCCUGGGGCUGUGUCUCCCUCCUCCACACACCCACUCACACCCGGCCACUUCCAAUGGAGGAGCCAGUCCAGCAGUCUCUGGUUCACCUAGCCCACCUGCUGUUCCGUCUCCACUUGCUUCUGUCGGCUUGGGUGGUGGAAUGCCAUACAAGCCACCACCAAGUUUUGCUUCCCCACGUCCUGAGACCCUCUUCCAGGAGGACAUUGAAGAGAUAGUGAAGAGUCCCAAUGUUGGCAGCUCUCCACAGAAUCUUGUCAAAGAAACAAAGGAAUCUACUCCAGUGCCUGUCAAGCUUGAAUCUUCAGUGGAGGCACAAGAUGAGUGAAGCUCUAUCAAAUUUUUGGACUUGUGGUACCACUGUGUAGAAGGGUAGAUCUAGUAAAACAUCUAGAUUACUGUGUGUAUUACAGUUAAAGUUUUUUAAAAGUAUAAGACCGUUUUCUAGCCAAAAAUGGUGAGGUCCAUCAAAGACUAUUGUGGUAGCUAUAGAAUAUGGUGACAAAGAAAACACAAACCUUCCAAAAAGUAUUUAUAGAAUAUUUAAUUUUCAGAGUCCUGGUUUAUGGAUUAAAGUAGAACAACAAUUUGAGUAAUAUAUCUGUAGUAGAAAUGUUAUAUAUGACAUUAGUUCCCCACCCAACAGUACUUGAUAAGCAUUUCAUAUCAUUUCACACUAUUGUAUUGGAACAAUUUUAUGUUUUUAAGGGUGUUAAAUAAAUGAAUAAAGCUGUAUCUGUUUAAAAUAUGGAUCAUUGUUUUGUUAGCACUUGACCAGCAGUUAGAUUGGCAGUCAGCUCGCGUGAUGGGUGUAAUAUUUCCUUCUCACAAGUACAUACUGAUGCAAUAGUACAGUUAUGUAGUUACAGGUGUAAUCAUUGAAAUAAUAUAAUAUUACUUUCACAUAUAUAUCACGUAGUGCUGAAAUCCUUAAGUGUCUGUUUAGGAUAAGUAACAAUAGCUUGACAAAUGCACCCAAUCACGCGGGGAUUGCUUCUGUAAUCCCACUUUCUCCUUCAGCACAAAAAAAAAAACUGAGAGGCUUCCAUUGUUUCCAGUACAAACGCAACACAGUGUCAGAAGAUCCCUUCACAUUUAUAGUGUACAGACCAAUCAAUGUUAUGUUCAUAUUUCUCUCGUUUAGAAAAAUACCAAAGUUAUAAUGAUUGUUAUGUGUACCAAGUGAUUAUCUCAUGAUAUUUUGUAUCAUUAUUACGUAUGAAAUCACUGUGGCCAAACAUUGCUUACAGUUACACACUUUAUCUUGUUUUUGUUUAAUGUCAUAUACAGAACCCUAAUAAACAAAAAGAAUUAUUUAUUAAUUAUUCAUGUAACAUUAGUUUAUAUAUUUUUAAUCAGAGUAAGUGUAGAUAGAGAACUGAAUAAAGUGUUUUGCCAACAUAUAUUACAGGGAAAUGAAAAUUGCGGUUGUUGUUGGAGGUUUAUUAUCAAGAAUCUAUUACAAAAUGUUCUCACAAAGUGAGCUAACAAGAUCUUAAUUAUGACUUCAAGAAAGGAUUGAUAUAUAAAUAUAUAUAGCAUAUAGACCUGUUUAUAUUUUGUGAAUAUAGGAAGAGUGACAGUGAUAAAAGAGUGUAUAUUAUCACCGCAACAAGUGUCGGUGUCUGUUUAGUGUUUGUAUCCUCAAUGUGUGUAUGUUGUGUGUGGGACAUCCCCACUUAAUCUGAACAAUCUGCAUUGUGCAUCAUGUUAUUAUUGUCUUAAUUUUGUCCUUCCUUGUAAAUGCCAGUAUAGCCUAGUCAGGUGUAGAUUAAAAUGUAUCACAAACACACAAACAAACAAAAAAAUACCAAUACAUACUUAUUUUUGUGAUUUGUUUGUUUAUUGAAGAAAGAUAUGUACAAAAUUUAUAUUGAUAGUAAAAGUAGAAAAUUAUUUGGAAAUGCCUUCCUGCCAUUGGGGUAUGCCAAGAUUGAAAUAAUAAAAUUGU